GCCCAGAGAAGUUGUCUUUGGAAGACACUCCUGAUUCAAACCUCGCGCGCGCAUUUCUUGCUUUUCUUUUUAUUGACUUUCGACUUCUUACGGGUGCCGGUUUAUGUUGAAAUAUCAAAUCACGAAAUUAGGAUCUAAUGAAAUAUUUGAUAUUUUCUGUACUGUGCUAUCCUCCUAUAUAAGGAAAACGACGAAUGUGUGCAUGUUUAUAUAGAGUAAACUUGUUUUAAGAUGAUAGUGAAUGAAAUAAAUAUAAUUGAUGCGUAUAAAAAUAUCUGUUAAUCUGUAACCAAUGCUACUUUUUGUUAUUCAAUGUGAAAAGUGUAACUUUGCUUAGAAGUGAAAUCUAGUUCAAUUUUGCGCAACUGGAGUUUACCAAAAACCUACAAAAACCUAAACCUACACAUUUAUAAGUUUGGCGAUUCGAACCAAACCACUUUCGACAAAAAAACGUGUCAUCUGGGUGACGUGUGAGCAGUUUAGAAGUGAAUUUGAAUGACAAAACGUCAUCAGUGUCGUCGAAUUACGCACAUGUGCUUACACGCAAAUAAAAAUAUUCAUUGAUAAGAGAACUACAAAACAUCAAAAGAACUGCUUGGUUGAAAGUAUUCUACGCAGAGAAAAGUUCCAAAAAGUUGCAAAUAAUGGCUCUUUUGGAAAGCAAUAACAUAGAUGCCACCUCAGAAUUCAGUCGAACUGAAUUCGAAGCCGGACACCGAGAACACCACUAAGAAGAUUCAAAAUGGUAAUGCAAACACGACUGCGAAGAAUGUGGAGCCUCCGACGACAUCAGUUAUCGUUCCCCCCGACGGUGGAUGGGGGUGGGUAGUGAUGAUAGCAUCAUUCCUGUGUAAUACUGUCGUUGAUGGUAUUGUGUUUAGCGCUGGUAUGUUCCAAGAUCCAAUUCGACUUGAUUUUGGUGUUGGAAAAGCUGAGGUUGCCCUAGUUAGCUCUCUGCUGAGUGGAUUCUAUCUGAUCACUGGACCAUUUGUCAGCGCUUUGGCUAAUCGAUGGGGAUUUCGCCCUGUUACUAUCCUUGGUGCCGUAAUAGCAUCUAUCGGCUUUGCAUUAUCCUAUUUUGGCAACAGUCUUGGAUAUUUGUACAUUACCUAUGGUGUUAUUGGAGGAAUAGGAUUCUGCUUUAUUUAUGUGCCAUCUGUGAUUACCGUUGGGUAUUAUUUUGAGAAGUGGCGUGCACUGGCAACUGGAAUCGCUCUUUGUGGUUCAGGAGUGGGUACAUUUGUAUUCGCUCCACUCAGCUCAAUGCUAAUUAAUCAGUUUGGAUGGAAAGGAGCUCUCUUGGCUCAAUCCGGAAUCAUACUGUUAUGUGCUGUGUUUGGAUGCAUGUUCAGGCCGCUGCAGCCAGUACAGGUAACUAUCACUAAGGAUGAGCAUACUCCCGCAGAGAAGGGAACUUUGUUGGGCGAAGGAUUGCCUGUAGUAUAUACUAAAUCACUGCCAGAAGGCCGAUUUGCUUAUUCUGUACCGAAUAGUUCCCACAGUACGUGGAUGGGUGCGAGUCCCAAUACUCAAUAUCCAACUGCUGCUGAAGUAUUUCGAGGUAGUGGCCAUAAUUUGGAACGAAGACCAUCGAAUCAUUCUGGUUUAUUGACGAAUGAAAAUUUUCAAACUACAACAAAGAAACUUGAACAACUUUCGAAAAUGCAAAAGAAACUCUCAGGACAACUAACACCAGAAGACACAAUACACGCUCCCAGAUUCCCGCUUCCUCACCAUGAACUAAAUACUGUCGGAGAAGCCGCUGAGGAAGAAGAAAUUGAAAAUGGUACAUUGUUACCUGGCGAACAGAAGGCAGUUCCUAUUGUUACAUCAACGGCGACUCGUCAGCGAAGUCAGACUGUAUCUGGUCGAAGGACAAACGACUCGGGACCAGGAUCUCGUCAAGGUAGCCGUCGUGGAACUUUGACUGACGGAACCCGUCCGAUGUAUCGAGACGACAUUUUUUUCACUGGAUCUCUUGUACGCAUACCGCAGUAUCAAUCGCAUACUUCUCUAGGAUAUCACAUGUCUGUUACACGUCUGCCAACGCAAAAUGAUGUCGAAGAGGAUGAGGAUCAGACAUGUAAAGUAUGUCCAGAAGCAGUCAGACGUACGUUAGCCACCAUGUUAGAUAUGACACUAUUAAGAUCUCCUUCUUUCAUGCUGCUUGCCAUUAGUGGAUUUUUCACCAUGAUGGGAUUCUUUGUACCUUUUAUGUACAUCACCCAGAGAGCUGUUUCGGGUGGCAUGGAUCCUCAAAUUGCUCUGUUCAUCGUUUCAGCCAUAGGUAUAUCGAAUACAAUUGCUAGGAUUGUGUGUGGAUUUUUGAGCUCAUUCAAAAGCGUUAAUGCUUUACAUCUUAACAAUGUUGCAAUCACGAUGGGAGGAAUCGCUACAAUGCUAAGUGGAAUGUAUAUCAAUGAAGCUUUCCAAUUCACAUACGCUGGUAUUUUCGGAAUUGCAAUAGCAUGCUUUUCGGCGCUUCGUUCAAUCCUGGUUGUCGAUUUGAUGGGCUUAGAAAAACUUACCAAUGCAUUUGGUAUUUUAUGUUUAUUCCAAGGCUUAGCAGCAGCAAUUGGUGCACCUAUUGCAGGUUUUUUCACCGAUCUUACCGGAAGUUAUAAUGUAUCAUUCUAUAUUAGUGGAGCUCUAAUUACGAUUUCAGCAAUUCUUUGCUAUCCAUUGAGCUACGUCAAUAAAUGGGAGAAAAACCGAGCAGCAAAGAAAUCUUUAGCAACUGUGUAAAAAACAAGUUCGCCAAACUGAAGACGCAUUCGCAUAGAAAGUUUGUGAUGAUUCUGAAUUUCUAAUCUGCACUUCAAUCAACUGAACAAUGAUUUUUACAUUUUUAUGUGUACCUAGGAGUAAUAUCGGGUCCGAAGUACUUAUCAAAUGAAAUAAGAAUGCCAGUUAUUGUAUCCACAGAACACAUCCGUACAAUUUCGUACAUUACAAGAUUGACAGUGCUUUGUUAUAAUAAUUAUUUUUACACGCUAAGAGAAAUCGCUUUAAAUUUCAUAGACUCAUAGACUGUUACGUAAGCAAGAAUAUAUGUAAUUCGAAUGCUACAUUAAGUGAAACUAAACAUUGUUAAUUCAAACAUAUGUCACAGCUAAUGAUGAUAUACAGCAAUUGUGGUGCUGAAACAUUUUUGUUUGAGAUUUACUAUUUAUUUAAUAGCUUUAAUAAUAAUAGUUUUCAUUGGGGCUUACACAAAUACUUUUGUUGCCUUCUAAAGGUAUUCUUAUACUGAAGUAUCUGUGUCAACCCUAAUCUUCACGAAUAAAUAAUAAUGUGCCAUGCGUAUGGCACUACAAUUAUAUUUUGCUUCAAAAUUUUCAAGAACAGUUCCUAGUUUUGGAAUAAGGUUUUUAGUACAGUUCAUAAAACGCGGUUCUUCUCACCACAACAGCUGGUCUUUUCAAAUACAUAUUUUUCCGUUCUGCUGCUUCAUAUUUAGAACCACAUUUCUGUGAUGUCAGCAUAUGUACAUAGAUAAUUGGUUUAUAUAUUUGAUGAUAUUAUAAAAUAAAAUAUUAAUUAAUAAACAUAUUUACAAAUAGGUCAAGAUAAUCCUAAGAUAACAAA